CUUGAACUUAAUUAUUCAUGCUAUUCUAAUCAUCAUUAGCUUUACCACAUUACACAUAACCUACUCAUAUAAAUGUCGUUUCUUUUCAACUCUAAAUUAAUCCAGCAAAGUUACUGCCUUGGGAGUGUAAUAUUUGUAUUUAGUUUCAAGGAAGCUAAGAGACUCGAAACCCAGGGGAAGCCUGGUAAAGUCUUGGUGGGUUGAUGAACAUCUUGUUUCAUGCAUUUUCUUCGAUCUGCUACAACUUCAAAGAGUCGCAGUCUUGUUGGAUAUCACUCAGCUAUAGAAAGUCUUCUAGUUAGAUCAUAUUCUUCUACAAUGACAAAGAAGAAUGGUUCUAAAGGAGAGAACAAGAAUGGUUCUCAAGGAAAAAAACCAGAUCAUACUCAUGCACCAACAAUAAAUAAGCCUAAGUACCAGCCCUCCUGUAUGCUUGAAUUUGAUGGUUCUUCCAAAGCAAAUGGACAAGCAGGGGCAGGUGCUGUGCUUCGUGCCGAUAAUGGCAGUAUGACCUGUCACCUGCGUGAAGGUUUGGGCACAGCAGACUCUAGCACUGCCGAAUAUCGGGCCAUUAUUUUGGGAUUGAAGUAUGCACUUCAGAAAGGAUUUACUCACAUUCGUGUUCGGGGUGACUCUAAGACAGUUUGCAUGCAGAUCCAAGAGCAAGUGAAAGUUAAAAGCCGAAGAAUUUCAACCUUGUGCGAGCAGGCCAAACAACUCAAGGCCAGGUUUCUAUCCUUCAAGAUAGAGCAUGUUUCGCGGAAAUUGAACACUGAAGCGGAUAAACAGGCAAGCUUGGCUGUCACACUCACUGAUGGCCACAUUGAAGAGGAGAUUGAGAAAUGAGGCAUGGGUCUGUAGUAUUUGGCUUUCAAGUAAACCAUUGAAUGUAAUUCAAGUAUGGCAAAAUUUGCAUUGCAUGAAUAUAUAUGGUGUCAAUGAAGCAUUAUUACCCCUUUUUGGACAGCCAUCAAUCAGGCCACAAUCGUAAAUUGUAACAACUCUUUUCUGUGUGUAUUUUUAGUUUUGUCUCCUUUUUUCUAUCACGAAUAUAAAACGUCAGGAGUCGUGUUCCAACAGAAGUCAAUCCAAAAAUUGCAUCCUCGUCUUAGCUAUACAUCCGGAAAUUAAUAAUUAAAAACUCAAUCAAGUCAUUCUAUUAUACUUACCUAUAUACAG